AUGGCUGGCAUGAGAAGCACACAAAGGUGUGAGGGAAUGAAUAAAGACUUCAAGCUUGUCCUAUCGAAAAGCAAAACCCUUGUGCAGGUUGUUUCGUUGGUGGACCGAACACUUAUGAGAAUUAGAAACAAUCAAGAAAGGGAUGAUUUCAACACUAUAAAUUCAUUUCAUAGUGCGAAAACUCACUUGGAAGAUUUGGAGAAACAAGCAUCUUCUGUAUUCACACACGACGUGUUUAAGUGUAUUUUUAGGGAGAUCAUGAAAGAGGCUCAUAUCACACUAAAGCAAGGAACAAAAUGUCAAGAAGAUGGUUCCCGGCUUUACAAGGUAUCAGUUUACAAGCGUCCUGAUUUUGAACACACUGUUACCUACUACCCUCGGAAAGAGACUGAAAGUGCAGCAGACCCGAUUAUGGUGUGCUCUUGCGGAAUGUUUGAGUAUAGGGGAGUGUCGUGUCGUCACAUGUUCUCGGUGAUGAAAAACGAAAACAUCUUUCAUCUUCACAAGUCACUAAUAGUGAAGAGGUGGUCGAGGGACGCAAGAAGUGUUUGUGAAAUCCUAUAUCCAAACAAAGAAAUGCCCCAAGAAGCCGUGCAAGUGAGUAGCAUGUAUGAUGCUUUGACUGCUGAUUGCAAUCGGUUGUGCUUUUAUGCUUCAAAGAUGCAAGAAGGCUACAACAUGUUGAAUAUGGAGAUCGAUAGACUAGCAGCAAUUAUGGAAGGUUUGGCGAGAGAUCAAGAAAAAGUGCAAGGUACGGCUACACCCACCAAGAAAGGUUUCAUUGUGAGAGAUCCUAUCCCAUCUAAGACCAAAGGCAGAGAAAAGAGCGACAAAAAGAAUGAGCCAUCGAGACGGACGGUUACCUGUGGUUAUUACAAAGGCGGUGGACACAAUAUUCAAACAUGUCCGAUGGUAGAUGUUGCUUAUGUUGUAGAUUUUGCAACUUUUGCCAUCUAA